CCCAACAGCUCGUGACCAUAGGAGAAGGAAGGAACGUGGAUUGACUGGUAAUUUGAGAGCUUCACCAUUCGACUCAGCACUUUCGUCAACAUGACAGACCAACGGAGAGUUCCCAGGACUGCAAACGCUGCACCAAUCUAUUAGUCGAUCUCCCACUUAAUUCUUCCCAAAAUACCCCAAGAAACUAGAGCUCCUCACCUCAGGGAAUUAACUCCUCCCGACAUAGUGAGGACACUAUGACGUCAAAUGAUGGCGCCGCGGAUGUCAACCAGGGUGAGUCGCUCUCUGUUUCUUUGUCUUAUUUUGUGUGUUUUCUGUGUCCUCUGCUGUCCAUCCCGGAUCACUUUUACCAGAGAAGCGCUGUUAAACAUCGGACAGUCUUCUUCUGGUAUUUUCUCUCCUGUUCUCUCUGAUUCAGACUGUUUGUCGGAGAUUCUAGCCGGAGCGGCGGUGUUAUACAAGCUAGCGCGACGGCGGCGCGGAAAACGAGCCGGAGCACUCGUAAAGCUGAGGCAGAGAGAGUUCCGUUCUGCCCUACUGUCAAUUCAUCUGGCGAAUGUCAGCUCCUUGGCGAACAAGAUGGACGAACUGCUGCUCCUCACUUCAAGGAACACGGACGUCAGCAGAUCCGCCGCGCUGUGCUUCGUUGAAAUGUGGCUCAGCGAACGAACCCCCCAACACGGCGUGGAGCUAGCGGGGUUUAGCCUAACUCGUGCAGACCGCAGCGCGGAGCUCUCCGGAAAAUCAAAGGGAGGUGGUCUCUGUUUCUACAUUAAUGAACGUUGGUGUACUGAUGUCACGGUGUUGAAAGAGUUUUGCAGCCCUCUCUUAGAAACACUUUUCAUAAACUGCCGGCCGUUCUAUUCACCACGGGAGUUCUCCUCAAUCGUCAUGGCGGCUGUUUACAUUCCACCACACGCACGUGCGAGUGAAGCCACGCAGAUGCUGGCUGACCAGGUAGCAGACAUGGAGAAACUUCUACCAAAUUCACUAAUCAUUGUUCUGGGUGAUCUUAACAGGGCAAACCUUGCACACGAACUCCCCAGAUACAGACAGCACGUAACGUGUCCCACCAGAGGGGCACAGACUCUGGACCACUGCUACACCGUGAUCAAGGAUGCAUACCACUCUGCAGCUCGUGCAGCUUUAGGACUCUCGGACCACUGUCUAGUUCAUCUGAUCCCGGCCUACAGGCAGAAACUAAAAACUUCUAAGCCUGUGGUGAGGACUGUGAGGAAGUGGACAGUGGCGUCAAGGCAGGACCUCCAAGCCUGCUUUGACUGCACCGAUUGGGGAGUUUUCGAGGCUGCAACUUCAGACUUGCAUGAACUCACUGACACUGUCACAUCAUACAUCAGUUUUUGUGAGGAUCUGUGUGUGCAGACUAAGACCCUCUGCACGUACAACAACGACAAAACUUGGUUUACACCGAACAUCAGGAGGCUGCGCAAAGUCAAGGAGGAGGCCUACAGGAGCGGCGACCGCGACCUGUUCAUGCAGACCAGAAACACACUGAACUGAGUGUGGAAAGGUCUGCAGAGCAUCACGGGGUACAAGAAACGAACCCCCCGUCCUGUGGAGAGCCCAAGGCUUGCUAACCAGCUAAACAGGUUCUACUGCAGGUUUGAUCGGUCCUCCCACACAACGGGACUUCCUGCAACACAAUCUACAUACCCACCUCUCCCCACAACUACUCUGUCCACACCUCUACCACCGUUGUCACCUACUCUCUCUCUUGCAGAGGCCGCGCCCGCACUCCAGAUCCACGAGAAGGAAGUGCGCCAGAUGUUCCGGAGACAAAAGACCAGGAAGGCACUGGGCCCAGACGGCGUGUCACCUUCCUGCUUGAAAGUCUGCGCUGAGCAGCUGGCGCCCACCUUUGCACGGAUCUUCAACCGUUCUCUGGAGCUGUGUGAGGUUCCCUCGUGCUUCAAGAGCUCCACCAUCAAGAAGCCCGCCAUCACAGGUUUGAAUGACUACAGACCUGUCGCACUGACAUCUGUGGUCAUGAAAUCUUUCGAGAGGUUAGUGCUGAACCACCUGAAGGAUGUCACGUGCCCCCUGCUUGACCCCCUCCAGUUUGCCUACCGGGCAAACAGGUCAGUGGAUGAUGCGGUCAACAUGGGACUGCACUACAUCCUGCACCACCUGGACACCCCAGGAACGUACGCCAGGAUGCUGUUCGUGGACUUCAGCUCGGCGUUCAACACCAUCGCUCCUGACAUCCUCUAACAGAAGCUCAUCCAGCUUGCGGUGCCUGCUUCCACCUGUCAGUGGAUCACCAGCUUCCUGACAAACAGGAGACAGCGUGUGAGGCUGGGGGGCAUCACAUCUGACACCCGGACCACCAAUACUGGAGCCCCUCAGGGGUGACUCUCCUGUGAAGCUCCUGAAGUAUGCAGACGACACCACUCUCAUCGGACUGAUCCAGGACAGGGAUGAGACUGCGUACAGACAGGAGGUGGAGCGGCUGGUCCACUGGUGCAGCCAAAACCAUCUGGAGCUGAACCCGCUCAAGUGGAGAUGACAGUGGAUUUCAGGCGAGAUCCUUCACCACUUUUACCCCUCACUAUCCGCAGUAAUACUAUUCUCUCCACAGACACCUUCAAGUUCCUGGGAACCACAGUCUCUCGGGACCUGAAAUGGACCGGCCACAUAGACUCUGUCCGGAAGAAGGCCCAGCAGAGGCUGUACUUCCUGAGACAGCUCAAGAGGUUCAACCUGCCGCGAGAGCUUCUGACGACUUUCUACACUGCCAUCAUCCAGUCUGUCCUCUGCACCUCCAUCACUGUCUGGUUUGGAUCGGCCUCCAAACAAGACAAGCACAGACUGCAACGGACAAUCAGGACUGCAGAAAAGAUCAUUGGAAUCAACCUCCCAUCUAUCCAAGACUUGUACCUGUCCAGGACCAGGAAACGUGCAAGGAAUAUCUCUACAGACCCGUCUCACCCAGGUUGCAGUCUGUUUGAACUACUCCCCUCCGGACGGCGUUACAGAGCUCGGUAUGCCAAAACCAGCAGACACAGAGACAGCUUCUUCCCCCAGGCUGUUGCUCUGAUGAACUCACACCACUCUUAGAGUCUCAGAGUUAUUACUGUGCAAUAACAUCCUGCUCUCCACACCUUUUUUGAAUUAGUCUACACUGUUUGUACUAUGUGUCCUCUCUGCAUCCAUUGCAGCCUGGUCAUCCUGGAAGAGGGACCUUCCCGUCUGUGGUCUCUUCUCAAGGUUUCUCAUUUCCCCUAGCUGGAGUUUUGAGUUUUUCCUUGCCCUUUUGGGUGUUUAAGAUCAGGGGAUGUUUGAGAAUAUUUGCUAUUUCUCACAUGUUCUGAGUGUUGUUAGUCACCUAAAUGUUAAACAGAGGGUGUGAUUUACCGUAGUCAAAUUCCUUGUUUGGCACGCUCAAACAUGGCGAAUAAAAACUCUUGAAUCUUGA